CUUGACCUCAUCUUCCACACACACGCUCUGCGUAAAACAAAACCACAAAAGAUCUCUCAUUGGUUCUCAGGCCCCCACCUCCUUUAUAUUCAAGUUUCGCGGCAACGCCUCUCAGUCCUCCCCCACUCUUUCUCUGAAACCACUUCGCUUUCUCUCUCUUUCUUUUUCUUUCUCUCUCUCUCACAGACUUUGAACCAUUUUCUGUCUCUCCCUCUCUCUCUCUUUCUCUGUCUCUCUCUGUUUCUCUCUCUAAUGGUUCAAUUUCGAUUCCGAUAACCCUACGGCCGGUAUAGCGUUUUCAAUGGCUCCAACAAGAAAAUCUAGAAGUGUGAACAGGCGUUUUUCAAAUUUAAAUGAAGUAUCUCAAGAAAAAGAUGCGGGAAACUCUAGUAAAAACAAGCAACGGAAGAGGAAAUUGUCUGAUAAGUUGGGAUCUCAGUGGAGCAAGGAAGAGCUUGAGCGGUUUUAUGAAGGUUACAGGAAGUAUGGGAAAGACUGGAAGAAGGUUGCUGCUACAGUGCGUAACAGAAGUACUGAAAUGGUGGAGGCUCUUUAUAAUAUGAACCGGGCAUACUUAUCAUUGCCAGAGGGAACAGCUUCUGUGGUUGGCCUGAUAGCAAUGAUGACCGAUCACUAUAAUGUUCUGGAAGAGACCGAAAGUGAACGAGAGAGCAAUGAUGCGUCGGGUGUUUCUCGGAAGUCUCAAAAACGCAAGCGUGGGAAGGAUCAUCUUAUCACCUCCAAAGAUCCUUUCCAGUCUCAUUCAGUUGCUUCAGCUGAUGGUUGCCUAUCUUUGUUGAAAAAGAAACACUUUGAUGGUAACCAGCCUCGUGCUGUGGGGAAGAGGACACCUCGUUUUCCUGUUUCAUAUUCACAUAGGAAGGAUUAUAUGGAAAAUUAUAUUUCGCCAAUUAAAAGGGGCCGAAAAUUGGAGAAUGAAAACGAUGAUGAAGUUGCACAUGUGGCAGCAUUGGCUUUGGCUGAGGCUUCACAAAGAGGUGGUUCCCCCCAAGUCUCCCAGACACCAUACAGACGAACAGAACCUAUUAAAUCCUCUCCGGUUCAGAGCUGGGAAAGAAUGCGCCCACAAAGAGAGACAGCUCGUGUCAAGGUUCAUGGUAGCUCCAUGGAUGAAGACUGGCUUGAAGGUAGUAUAGGAAGCAGGGGAGCUGAAAAUGGAGAUUAUGCCAAAGAUUCCAGCUCCUUGUUGGAUAUGGAAGGUGUAGGUACAGUUGAAGUUCACCGAAAGGGAAAGAAGUUUUAUAGAAAGAAAGAGAAGGUUGAAGACAUGGAAAAUGAUCAGUUUGAUGAUGGUGGAGAAGCAUGUAGUGGCACUGAUGAAGGACUAAACAUCAAUGCUGUAAAGGGACAAGUUGAAGUAGAAGUUUCAAAUUCAAAUGCUGAGCGAUUUUCUCCACGUGGUCAAAAGAAGAGGAGCAAAGAACUUUUCUUUGGAGAUGAAAGCUCUGCCUUGGAUGCUUUGCAAACAUUGGCUGAUAUGUCUCUAAUGAUGCCAAUAUCCACUAUGGAAUCUGAAUCAUCUGUCCAGUUGAAGGAAGAAAGAACAACUCUUGAUAUAGAAGAUAAAUGUAGUGUACCUGAAGCCACAUCUACAAGCCAAGUUAGAAACAGAAAUAAACUUGCAGGUUCAAAACAGAAAGUACCUCAUGCAAUUUCCGGCGUUGAGAAUACUACUUCCAAAAAAUCUAAACUUGGAAGGGACUCAACAAGUGAUAUUAAUACGAUCUCUGAGGCAGAACAACAGCCUCAGUCUACCACCAAAGCAUGGAAAAGGAAGCGCAAGUCCUUGGUACCUGAGCCAAUUCUUCCUCAAUCCAAGCUUGGAACAGACUCAACAACUAAUAUCAAUACCAUCUUUGAAGCAGAGCAACAGCCUCAGUCUACAGCCAAAGCAUGGAAAAGGAAGCGGAAGUCCUUGGUAUCAAGUUCUGAAGCCCAUUUGGAUUCUCACACGAGUGAACCUUCAAAGACAGAGGUAUUUUGUGAAGAAGAGAAUAAACCAGUUGUUAAAGGGAAACGUACUGGACAAAACACCACUCCAUCAAAACAAUGGAAAUCAGUCAAAUCACCAGAAGGAUCUUUGAGUAGUGAUUAUAGAAGAACUGGAAGUGAUCAAGUCGUAUCAACUUCUCAAGUUCCUUCGGCGAGCCAAGUUAACUUACCAACUAAAAGAAGAAGUAGGCGUAAAAUGGAUCUACCCCGAGCAUUGUCCCCCAAAGAAAUGAUUUUUGCAGAUUUAUUAAAAGAGCAGCUUAAUAAAUGCUCCAAUUCAGUAAAGGAAAAGCUGUCUCGUUGCCUGUUGUCUAAUAUGGUACGUAGAUGGUGCACUUUUGAGUGGUUUUAUAGUGCAAUAGAUUACCCUUGGUUCGCUAAGAGGGAAUUUGAGGAGUACCUAAAUCAUGUUGGAUUGGGACACAUCCCAAGGCUAACACGUGUUGAGUGGGGUGUCAUAAGAAGUUCCCUUGGCAAACCUCGGAGGUUUUCUGAACAUUUUCUUCGUGAAGAAAGGGAGAAACUUAAACAAUAUCGGGACUCUGUUAGAAAACAUUACUCUGAACUUCGUAUGGGCAUUAGGGAAGGACUCCCCACAGAUUUGGCAAGACCUUUAUCGGUUGGACAACGAGUAAUUGCACUUCAUCCCAAAACCAGAGAAGUUCAUGAUGGGAGUGUGCUUACAGUUGACCAUGACAAGUGCAGGGUUCAGUUUGAUCGUCCUGAGAUAGGAGUUGAAUUGAUCAUGGAUGUUGAUUGCAUGCCUUUAAAUCCAUUGGAAAAUAUGCCAGAGGCUCUUAGGAGACAGAACAUUUCGGCUGAAAAUUUCUCUCUGGCAUCGAAGGAGCUACAAAUGAAUGGAAAUCUGAAUUUUGGAGGGUCUAUGAUGUUUGCUUCAGGUGGACAUCUGGAGAAAGCACCUAGCCCUAUGAAUGCCUUUGUAAAGCAUGGAAAGGGGGAUUCAACCCAUGACAUUUCACAACUGAAAGCAGCUGCUGAUUUUGGUAUUGCACAACAAGCAGCCCGCAGUCAAGGUCAGCCUUGUAUACUGGCAAAUAAUCAAGCGAGGGAAGCUGAUAUUCGAGCUCUUUCUGAGCUGGCUCGUGCUCUUGAUAAAAAGGAAGCAUUGUUGAUGGAGCUUAACAACACAAAUAAUGACAUACUGGAAAGCCAGAAUAAUGGAGACAGCUUUCUAAAGAAUUCUGAACCUUUUAAAAAGGAUUACGCCACGGUACUUGUACAGCUAAAGGAAGCCAGUGGCCAGGUUUCUUCAGCUUUGCUUCAUUUGAGGCAACGUAAUACGUAUCCAGGAAAUCCCUUGCUUCCUUGGUUGAAGCAUCCUGCCUACUCCACUAUCCAUGGUGGCCUCCCAAGUCCUUUUGAUGGUUUUUCUCUUUCUCAAGACUCAGCAUCUGGUGUAGAAAUUGUCAGAGUAUCAAGACUCGAAGCGCAUAGAUAUGUAGAUGUAGCCAUUCAGGCAUUUUUAACAAGAAAGGAAGGAGAAGAUCCUUUUCUAAGGAUUCGAGAGGCCCUAGAUUCUAUUGACAGCAAGCCACUGGCUCCCGACUCCAGAGUAUUAGUGAGUAGGUCUCAAGAGCAGGCCAAUGGCAAUAUGGCUCAUCAAAAUCAAUUAAGUUCCUGUACAGCGGAGACCACACUUACUAGUGAUUCACCAAGGUCAAAUUUUCAUACUGAUUCUGAUAAAAACGAGGCAGUGAUCCCUUCAGAGCUUAUUACUUCAAUUCUUGCUACUGUGUUCAUGAUGAAGACUUGUAGCGAACGACAGUGUCCUCCAGGUGAUGUGGCACAGAUGUUAGAGUCAGCAGUUACAAGCUUGCAUCCAUGCUGUCCUCAAAAUCUUCCUCUCUACAGAGAAAUCCAGAUGUGUAUGGGAAUACUGAAGACCAAGAUGUUAGCGCUUGUACCAACCUGAGUCUGAUGCUUCCAGCUUGAUCUCAAAGCUAUUAUAAACCAAAAGCAUUACUCAUAAGCUAUUGGAUGAUGGAAUUUUGAGAUUGAGCAUGAUUGUUACUCGAUUGUUUCGGUAAUGCCUGUGGCUCGUAGUAGAUUCAUGUAAAUAUAUGAUAAUGGGACAUUGGUCACGAUCUCGGUCCCACUUCUCUCGCGGUUAAAGUUAUUUUUGUCUUCCAGUAAGCAGAUAUAUCGGCUGUUAAAACUGUUGCAGAGGUAAUUGUAAUUUUAAGCUGCCAUAUAAUAAUCUGGUUUAGAUUUGAGUAUGUUCACGUCAAAUUAAUAACAGAGAGAAGAUAAUUUUCUGAUCUUGAACUAGUGUACAUGAAACCGUGACGAUCAAAAUUAGUCAUUGCAAAUAUUGUUUAAAAUGAGGGAUACCAAUUUUCUUUCACCUUUUA